AUGCCUGAAUGUUCACCUAAAGAAGAACGCAAGAAAAUGGACGAGAAAGGACCCCACCCUCCCAAAGCGGGCCAACCGAGCAAGCCAUACAAGCGGGUGUCGGACCCACCUUUUCCAGUUCCCACCCCCCAGUUGACCCGCAGGGACCCGUCCUUACCAACCGUCGCCAGUACCUCGACGGGCCAAAAAUCAAACCCUGACCAACACACCGAAGUUGUCAAGGUACCCUGGACCAAGCGACUCCGAAAAUACUGCUACGACAGACAAAAUAACACGUUCUGUGACAGAACAUGCCAUAGUUGGCUGAAAAUCGUCAGCUACUCGAUAAUCUACCUUAUUUUCCUCAUGACCUACACCAUGAUCCUCCUUUACAUAUCACUGAUGAUAAUCAAGAAUCAAGAAAGUUCACCAACGUCUGGACUAGCUGAAUACCUGACGUAUACCCCAGGCAGUAUAGGUCUGACUGCGACUCCGUUGUCAGAGUUCAGUUAUCCAUUAAUAUGGUACAGGAAUGGAGAGGCUGAUGAUUAUAAGAAGUAUGUGAGAGCUUUGGACGCGUUGGUGAGUAAAAAGCGACAGAAGCGGGAUGUGCGCUCCGACUUGGGGCCUUGUGGUUAUCCUCCGUACGGUUACGGCGCCGAACCGUGCAUCGUGUUGAGAAUAAACAAGCGGUGGCAUUGGGUUGCUGAGCCCCUGAGCCCGGGUUCACCACAAGCGAAGCUGGCUCCAAAAGAAGUCCAGACCUGGGUGAAGAAGGAUGCAAAAUAUUGGUUGCAUUGCAGCGGUUGCCAUAACUACGAUAGGGAACAUAUAGGCAGGAUCAAGUACUAUCCGGAUCCUCCAGGAUUUGAUUCAAGACAAUUUCCUCUGAGGAAUGCGAGCUUUGCUCCACUAGUAGCAGUUCAAUUAUCAAACUUUACUUUAGGUAUAUCAUUAGCCAUAGAAUGUAAAUUGUGGUACGAGAAUGGGACGUCUACUGUGUCGUUUCUCUUGUACGUUUCACCUAAAAGUAAAGGUAUGAAAAAUGGUACUGCGCAGUUUGGUUAA